AUGAAGUUCUCACUCGCCCUUACCUCGCUCUUCCUAAGCAGCUUCGUAUCCGCCGCAGGUGUAUCCUUUUUCAGCAACGGCCAGAAGGUGCUUGAGGACAAAGGAGAAGCGAUUCCUGGCGAUAACCCACUCAUCCACUGCAAGAAGGAUCACGACGAGAACAUCCUUGUGCUCGACCAUGUUAACCUUACUCCAAAUCCUCCGGUUCCAGGGCAGAAACUCACAAUCGAAGCUGUUGGAACCUUGAGUGAGAAGAUUGAGCAGGGCGCAUAUGUGAACCUCCAGGUCAAAUAUGGAUUGAUUAAGUUGCUUAGCACGAGAGCCGAUAUGUGCGAGCAGAUUGCAAAUGUGGACUUGAAGUGCCCGGUUGAUAAGGGAAAGAUCACCCUUACUAAGGAUGUUGACAUUCCAAAGGAGAUCCCAGGUGGAACUUACACCGUUGUCGCUGAUGCUUAUACUCAAGAUGAGAAGAAGAUUGUGUGUUUGGAAGCUACUGUCAAGUUUUAG